AUGAAUAACGGAUACCAACCAUAUAAUGAAUAUUCCACAGGUGGAAACAGUGGUGGUUUUGAUCACAACCAGAAUCAACAGUUUAACGACUCUCAACAGCAACGUCCAGGCUCAAAUGAAAGUGGUGGCUUUGCAGAAUCUGUUACUAUUAAAACAUUAAUUCCAGUUACUAUUAAGCAGCUAACAGAUUCAAAAAUCUCCGUACAAGAUGGUCCAUACUUAAUCAAUAAUGUUGAACUAACAAAUGUUUGUUUUGUUGGUGUCAUUAGAAAUAUUCAAGAUCAAACAGGAAGUAUAUUAUUGACUAUCGAAGAUGGUACUGGGCAAUUAGAUGUCAAACAAUGGAGUAACAAGACCGAAGAUUUAAUGUUGGCUGAAAAUGAUCAGGAUGGCAACAGCAAUGUAGGUGGAUCUCAAUUGGCUCAGCAAUAUCAUUUGGGUACAUAUGUCAAAGUUUUUGGUUCCCCUAGGGAAUUUGGUGGUAAAAUGAAUGUUCAAUACGCAGUGAUUAGACCAGUCGAAAGUUAUAAUGAAGUAAUAGCACAUCUAUUAGAAGCUGGUAAAGUUCACCUAAUAGCUAAUAAUGUUAUUAAAACAGAUUCUGCAAGUACUUCAGCAACUAAUAAUAAUAAUAAUAAUGAUAACAAACAAACUACUGGUGAAAGUUUAUUUGUUAGCGAUAUUGAUGAUAGUAAUUUAAGUAUUCCACAAAAAAUCUUAAACCUAAUGGAAAAAAAUAGAGAUAAUAUGUCUGAGGGUAUCCCUGUUAAAUUUAUUGCAAAAUCAUUGAAUAUUUUGGAGGAUGAUGUUAAAUUAUAUUGUGAUAGUCUAGCCGAUCAAGGACAGAUUUUUACUUCAUAUGAAGAUCACUAUCAAUUAACCUGA